CCGGCCGAUGACGUAUCCGGCUGUGUAGUUGCUGUGAGGAGAGCAGUGAACCGAGCUGACAUUGACAUGAGCGGGGUACAUAGACUGUGUGUCCGCUUCGGGCGGGUAGCCCAGGUAUGGGGGGCUCCGGUACAGGUCCGUCCAGUCACACAGCGGAGACUCUUCCACACGGACCCCCGGUGUCUGGCUUACGCUAAGCAACUCUGCCUGGGUCAGAUCAGUAAGGAAGAGGUGUUUCCAUACCCAGAGAUCAGUAAAGACGAGUUGGAUGAAAUUAACCAGCUUGUGGGCCCAGUGGAGAAGUUCUUUGGUGAAGAAGUUGAUUCUAAAGCAAUUGAUCAGAAUGCUAAAAUUUCACCUGAGACACUGAAAGGGCUGAAGGAGCUUGGCCUUUUUGGCAUGCAGAUUCCUGAAGAAUAUGGAGGACUUGGGUUAUCCAACACUAUGUAUGCCCGACUGGGAGAGAUCACCUCACUGGACGGUGCAAUUGCUGUGACUCUGGCUGCUCACCAGGCUAUAGGACUGAAGGGAAUAUUGAUUGCUGGCAAUGAUGAGCAGAAAGCAAAGUACCUGCCUAAGCUGGCAUCCGGGGAACACAUUGCAGCUUUUUGCCUUACAGAGCCUGGAAGUGGUAGUGAUGCUGCUUCAAUCAAAUCUAAAGCCACCUUGAGUGCUGAUGGAAAGCACUAUAUUCUGAACGGUUCAAAGAUCUGGAUAUCCAAUGGAGGUCUGGCAGAAAUAUUCACAGUGUUUGCAAGGACUGAUGUUGUUGAUAAAGAUGGUGUUACGAAGGACAAGAUAACUGCCUUCAUAGUGGAGCGAGCUUUUGGUGGCGUUACUCAUGGGAAACCCGAGGAUAAGCUGGGAAUUCGAGGAUCAAACACCUGUGAACUUCACUUUGAAAAUACCAAGAUCCCUGUAGAGAACGUCAUUGGUGAGGUUGGCGGAGGUUUUAAGGUUGCCAUGAACAUUCUGAACAGUGGGAGAUUCAGCAUGGGUAGUGCCUCUGCUGGAAUGAUUAAGAAAUUAAUUGAGAUGACAGCUGAAUAUGCCUGCACAAGGAAACAGUUCAAUAAGAAGUUGAGUGAAUUUGAAUUAAUUCAGGAAAAAUUUGCUCUCAUGGCUCAGAAAGCCUAUGUCAUGGAAAGCAUGGCUUACCUCACUGCUGGCAUGAUGGACAGGCCAGGGCUUCCAGAUUGCUCUGUUGAAGCUGCGAUGGUUAAGGUGUACAGCUCUGAAGGGGCGUGGGAGUGUGUCAGCGAAGCCUUGCAGAUUCUUGGAGGACUGGGUUAUAUGAAGGAUUAUCCAUAUGAGCGUUACCUUCGAGACAGCCGCAUUCUUCUCAUUUUUGAGGGGACAAAUGAAAUUCUGCGGAUGUACAUUGCUCUUACGGCAAUGCAACAUGCAGGAAAAAUGUUGACCAGUAAAAUAAAGGAACUGAAGAAAGGUAGUGUUGGCGUUGCUAUAGAGAUGUUCACCAAGAAGUUAUGGGAUAGCUUCAAAAGGAAUAUAGAUUUAGGAUUAACAGGAAAAGAUGGCGUUGUGCAUCCAAGUCUUGAGGAAAGUGCAAAGAAGCUGGAGGAGAAUGUAUACUACUUUGGCAAUACUGUGGAAAGUCUGUUAUACAGGUUUGGCAAGACAAUUGUAGAUGAGCAGCUUGCAUUGAAGAGAGUGGCAGAUAUUCUUAUAAAUUUAUAUGCCAUGACAGCUGUGAUAUCUAGAGCAAGUCGCUCCAUCAGCAUUGGCCUGCGAAAUCACGACCAUGACGUGCUGCUUACAAACCUGUUUUGCACAGAAGCAUACUUCCGGAACAACUACAUGAUAGUUCAACUGGGAAAAAACUUUCCUGAAAAUCAGGAUGAAAGCAUUCGCAAGAUAGCAAAGUAUGUCUUGGAGAACCGCGCUUACACGUGUUCACACCCCUUGGACAGAACAUUCUGAAAUCUGAGCUACAACUUGAAGAGUCCAGGUCUGAAAUGUGAUUGCUAUAAUUAAACUCUGAUUGUUAAUAUGUUCAUUUACCUUUAACUCUGCUGGGGGUUUAUUCACUUUUGUACAGGUAUUAUCCCCAUUACUUUUUUGUAAGUUCAAAUGCAAUAAUACAACAAAAAAAAAUAUCGCUGUGCCUUCUUUUCUUACGUUUUUAUUUUUUUUAGUCCUGCUUGUGACGUGUGUAGGACUGAAAAAAGUUUUGGCACUCUAAGAAUAAAAUACAUGUAUAAAACCA